AUUGAUCUGGCAAUCCAUGUCCCAUCAAGACGCAUCGCGUGGAUCAACAGUGAAAGAACUUUAUCAGGCCUUUUUUACUACUCAUCUGGACUCCAAUUAGAAAGAACCUUUACUGGCAACAACUUUUCGACUAUUGCUUCUCAUCCAAAUGGGAGUUUCGUUAUCGUCGACAUCACUUCGACAAUAGAUAUCCACACCCUUGACAAUUCUUUCAACAUAAUAACGACUAGGGAAGCGUCUACACUUGACUCGGUCAGGAGUGUUGCUUUGGACAGACAAGGAACGCGCCUUUAUCUAAUCGAUGACCAAAAGCAAACGAUUGAAUCCUUCGGUCCAGAAGGAGAAGACCACGUGACUGUCUUUAGGACAGAAGGGACAUCCCCUAUUGAUAUCACAUGGUACAGGGGGACUCCCCUAUGGACAGAGGCGACCCAAACAAGGGGCGUUAUUCUUCUAAAUGGAAACAGAGAUGUAUCGCCUGCGUCAACCAACCUGAUUCAUUUUCAAGUUCCCGCGGGAAUUCAUACUUAUUAUGGUCAGUCGUAUUCGAAAGCACUGUAUGGAAGAUGUCUAGAAGACGAAUAUUCCUGCGAAGAUCUUUGUCUUCCUCUAUCAUGGCAGUGUGAUGGCCUUCCUGAUUGCCCAGAUCAGAGCGAUGAACUCAACUGCGAUCCAACAGAAGAUGCAGGUCCUCUGAUGUUUCUAACAAGCCUUAGCGGAGGAGCCAUCUAUGUUUCACACGCAAAUAGCCUCGACUUCAGAAAGCUGCCUUUUCUAUUUGUAGAAAGUCCAGUUGCAGUGGGUUAUGACGUCAUUGGCAAGGACGUUUACUGGACAGAUGUGGAGCGGAAGGUUUUGAAUGCUGCCCAAAUGGACGGGUCUAAUCAAAGAAUAGUCGCACAAGGACUAGGAGUUCCUGAUGGCUUAUUUGUCGACAGCGAAAACGGGGUAAUUUUCUGGACGGAUGCGCAAUUGAAAACCAUCGAAACGAUCGAGUUUGACGGAUCCAACCAGAGAGUAUUGAUCAACGAUCUGGACAUGCCGAGGGCUAUCAUAGUUGUUCCGACCAAUGACAAGCUUUAUUGGACUGACUGGGGUACCACACCCAAUAUUGAGAUGUCCAAUCGGGACGGGUCAGAUCGUCAGGUGAUCAUCGAUACGGAGCUCGGAUGGCCUAACGGCAUCACUUAUGAUAUUAAAGGACAUCGUUUGAUAUGGUGUGACGCUCGCCUCGACAAGAUCGAAACGAGCGACCUUGAUGGCAGUCUGAGGAGGACCCUCCUAGGUGUCACCCACGGUGUCCUACAUCCAUUUGGUGUUGUGGUCUAUGACGGGACACUGGUGUGGAGUGACUGGAUCCUGCAAGGUGUUGGGAUAAUGGAGGGUCAGAACCAUACCUGGCCAUCUCUUUAUACGAGUAUUCGUAUUAUCCAACAACCAAGUGGCUUCUGUAUCGUAGUUGACGCCUGUUCUGCCGGGCCUUGCAAGUUUGGAACUUGCCAACCGUUUAACGUGUCUAAUUAUGAAUGUCACUGUAUGACUGGCUAUACUGGCAAAAACUGUGAUACAGAAGUGACAUGCGACUCACCGACUGGACUCUCAUCAGAUACUUAUAUUGCUGAUCCGAAAGAUAGCUACAGUCCCGGUGAGAAUGUCGUCAUCGUUUGCAAUGGCAACACGGACAACGAAACUGCAAGGACAACUUGGAUCUGCAAUGGGUCUACAGGAGAAUGGGAUAUGAGCGAGGAUCUGAAGUGUCUAGAAUCACCAAAGAAUUCAAUAACUCUUACCCUCGGAAUAAUGUCCUCAUUAGCAACUCUGGUAUUGGUGGUCAUCGUAGUAUUCGGGAUUUGCACAUGUAUGACACAUAGGGAUCAAUCUCCAGUCAAUAAUAGAACUACACCGAAGCAAGUCGAUGAUCGCGGUCCCCUCCCUUGUGUCCCAUCGGAUAUAAACGAAGAUUAUCACUAUUACAGUGGAUUAACUGAUCCUACCAGUGACCAUGGGCACAUAUACAUGACCAGUCUUGCAGAUAAGACACAACGGGACACCCUCGAUUCACGAUAUAGCUACCUAAGACCAAAUUCUACUGCAUAAAUCAGAUGAAUUUUGUUUAUGUAGUGUCGUUUCCUUUAAAAUAUAUUUAUACCUAAAUGGAU